AUGGUGGAUUUAUGCAUAAAAAUGGCCCUCUCGGAUUUUUCUUUGGAGCAUCCAAAUUAUAGAACAAGAUUGCACUUACACACCGAGUAUGCCGAGAGUCUGCUGGAUACUAAUUUUGCAGUUAGUGACAGAGAAUGCCAUGAAACAGUUACAGGAGAAGUUCAAAAGUUACUGAAGUAUGAAGAAGUGCAUGGAAUUUUGGGGCCACAGGGUGCUAUAGAAGACAAAUUUGUUGCAGAACUUGGAGGAAAAGUUCAUGUGCCAGUCAUUUCUUUCAGUGCCAGAAGCUCAACUAUUUCCGGUGCACAAAAUCGAUACUAUGUUAGGACAACGCCAGAUGAUCUGUAUCAGGCUCAAGCUCUUGCAGCCAUUUGCCAAGAAUUUAAAUGGCCUGAAGUAGUGAUUUUGUAUGAAGACACGGAAUAUUUCAAUCAUUUUCUUUGGCAUCUGAAUAAGGCAUUCCAAGAAGUUGAAAUUGGGAUAGCGUAUAUGAGUGCCAUCACAUCAGAGGACAUUCAAAUAUUUAAAGAACUCAACAAACUUAUUGCAAAGAAAACGAGGGUAUUCUUAGUGCACAUGAACUUGUCACUUGGUUCUCGACUAUUUCUUCAUGCCAAGAAUGCAGGAAUGAUGAGUGAAGAGUAUGCAUGGAUUAUUACCGAAUAUUUAUCUAACUUCUUGAGUUCCAUGGAUUUUGUUGUCCGUGAUUCCAUGGAAGGUGUUUUGGGUAUAAGGCCCAGUGUGCAGCGAUCAGAAAAGCUUAACAGUUUCCAUGAAAGUUGGAAAAUGAAUAUGGGUUCAAUUGGGGAGGUAAAUGUCUAUGGUUUGUGGGUGUACGAUGCAGUAUGCUCCUUAGCAAUGGCAGCUGAGAAGAUUGGGCCUGUAAAUGCUAGCUCAUUAUAUAUGAACACCAGCAAAAAUGGAACAGGCAAUACCGAUUUGAAAGUCUCAGCAUAUGGACCAAGACUUCUCAGCGAAUUAUCAGGUACAAAAUUUAGAGGCCUGAUAGGAGACUUUCAGUUCAUUAAUGGACAAUUGAAACCUUCAGUAUUUGAGAUAUUAAAUGUAAUUGGAAGUGGAGAGAGAACUUUGGGGUUUUGGACACCAGAAAAAGGAAUAUCCAGAGAAUUAAGUUCAACUGGCGAAGCAAAAAAAUCAACAUCCACAAAAAAUCUCAAAAAUGCCAUUUGGCCUGGAGAUUGUGUCACGCAGCCAAAGGGAUGGGCUAUUUCUGCAACAGGAAAAUUGAGAGUUGGGGUUCCUAUGGCACGUGGAUUCAAACAAUUCAUAAAUGUUACAAUAGAUCCUGCAACAAAUCGUACAGAUGCAACUGGUUUUUCACAAAAAUAG